AUGGUGCAAGCCGAAUCAUCCAAAACUGCCGAGCGCAAUGGCCUCCGGGCUGCCACUGCCGGUGCACCUGCAAACUACGAGCUGCCCUGGGUUGAGAAGUACCGUCCUAUCUUCCUCGAUGACAUUGUCGGCAACACGGAGACGGUGGAACGGCUAAAGAUCAUCGCCAAGGAUGGCAACAUGCCUCACGUUAUCAUCUCUGGCAUGCCAGGUAUUGGAAAGACAACCUCUAUUCUGUGCCUGGCGCGACAAUUGCUGGGUGAUGCGUACAAGGAGGCUGUUUUAGAGCUGAAUGCAAGUGACGAGAGAGGUAUCGAUGUGGUUCGCAACCGGAUCAAGGGCUUCGCCCAGAAGAAGGUCACAUUGCCCCCAGGCAAGCACAAGCUGGUUAUUCUCGAUGAAGCCGAUAGCAUGACGCCUGGUGCACAACAAGCUCUGCGGCGUACGAUGGAAAUCUACUCUACGACAACCCGAUUUGCCUUUGCCUGCAACCAAUCGAACAAGAUUAUCGAACCCCUUCAGUCGCGUUGUGCUAUCCUUCGAUAUGCCCGCUUGACGGAUGCCCAGGUUGUGAAACGACUGAUGCAGAUCUGCGAGGCGGAGCAGGUCAAACACUCCGAGGACGGAAUCGCAGCCCUGGUCUUCAGUGCCGAGGGUGAUAUGCGUCAGGCCAUUAACAAUCUGCAGAGUACCUGGUCAGGGUUCGGAUUUGUUAGCGGAGACAACGUGUUCCGUGUCGUGGACAGUCCUCACCCGGUCAAGGUCCAGGCGAUGAUCAAGGCCUGCUGGGAGGGCAAGGUGGAUGCGGCGCUGGAGGGUCUAAACGAGCUAUGGACUCUGGGAUAUUCCUCCCACGACAUCAUCAGCACCAUGUUCCGCGUCACAAAGACCAUCCCUACGCUCUCGGAGCACUCCAAGUUGGAAUUCAUCAAAGAAAUCGGGUUCACCCACAUGCGCAUCUUGGAAGGUGUGCAGUCGCUGCUCCAACUGAGCGGCUGCAUCUCAAAGCUCUGCAAAAUCAACAUGAAGCCGGAGCUUUUCCAAGCCCCGAAGGCUUGA